AUGCGUCUUCGCAUCAAAUUUCCAUAUCGAAGUCUCACCUUAAGCGGCGUGGGAACUAUUCUAUUCGUUUCCUUAAUCUUAAGUUCUGCUAUACUGCAUUUGCAUCCACCUAUCCCAAAAGUUCCAGAGCGAUAUACAUUUCGUGCUGAUUUUGCUUCCCUGAUUGAAGCUAUCAAGAAUGGCUCAUACAAUACUUCUUCUUACGAUAAAGCUAAACUGCUGCCUCCAUUUCACCGUUAUGUGGAAAGAUUCGAGGAGCUACUUGUGUAUGGACUGUAG